AUGGCUGCUCUUCCACCCGUUGCGCGCUUAUCCAUUGCACCCAUGAUGGACUGGACAGACCGCCACUACCGCUUCAUGAUGCGUAUGAUCACAAAGAAGACGCUGCUGUACACCGAAAUGGUGGUGGAUCAAACUCUGCUGCACCAGAAGAAGAACCUUGACUACUUCCUAGGUCACGACCCCGUCGAAGCACCGUUAGCACUGCAGCUUGGCGGCAAUAGCGUUGAAGACCUUGGUGCUGCAGCGCAUCUGAGCCAGUCUUACGGCGGCUUUUGCGAGAUCAAUUUGAAUACCGGCUGUCCCAGUGCUCUAGUGUCGAGCCGCUGCUUUGGAGCCCGACUUAUGCUGGAACCAGAGCGUGUGCGGGACAUUUGCUCCAGUAUGCGGCGCAACAUCGCGUUGGCAGCGGAGGAGAAUCCAGACCAACCAGCAGCGGAAAUGACGGUGAAGUGCCGAAUUGGCGUGGACGACUGCGAUAGUUACGAGGAGCUGCAUCAUUACGUUGCCUCUAUUGCUAAUGCUGGUGUGCGUCACAUUAUUGUACACGCGCGCAAGUGUCUUCUUAAAGGAUUGAGCACAAAGGAUAACCGCACUAUCCCCCCGCUCCGCUACGAGGUUGUGUACCGGCUUAAGCAAGACUUUCCUGAGAUGCUGUUCACACUCAAUGGCGGUGUACGGAGCAUUCAGCACGCGCGAGAGAUUUUGGAUACUACUAAUGUGGACGGAGUUAUGAUCGGACGGGCGGCGUAUAACACGCCGUGGAAUUUCCGCGAUGCUGACCGCCUGAUCUUCAACGCCGAGCGUAACCCUAAUUUGUCACGUCGGGAGAUUCUUGAACGAUAUCUCGAGUAUGCCGAGCACCUCCAAGCGACAUGGGGAUCCACUGAGCCGCUGAGCGACUGCCCUUACACAAUGGCCACAUCUGCGCUGAUGAAGCCGCUACUGGCACUUUUCAAUGGUGAGUUCAUGGGGAAGGCGUUCAAGCGUGAAAUUUCAGCUCAAUGGGCAAGAAAGGGUCCGCGUCCAGAGUUGCGGGAGAUGGUCGAAAAUGCUAUGAAAGUUUUACCUGACGAGGUGCUGGAUGCGCGCGUUGAAGAUAAGCUCAUUCACUAA